AUGAGCAAUGUAAGAUGUCAAAGAGCAUAAAAGUCCAGUAUACACACUAUGGUUACCGCCAUCAGCUAUUAACAUCCACCUAUUAUAUUCAUCUUAGGUAGGUGAAUAUAAUAUAUUGCGAUAGCUACAAAGUAAAGAGCAAGGCCAUACAAUUUCAUUUCAAAAGAUUAGUUUAAGCACAGAUUAGGGACAUUACACUAAAGCGUACUUUGCUCAUGAGUAAGUUUAACGACCAAAGUUGUUACAGUAAACCGAUUAUCUUUAUUUUAAAAGGUUUUAGGUAACAGUCUGGUAACAAACCUGCGUAAAAGUUCUCCAGACCAAAAAAAUUGUAACAGUUAAAGGGACAAGCUGUAAAGAAAGAAAAAUUGAUGUAAAAAGUAGUUUAAUAAGCAGUUUUUUAAAAUAUUUUGUUAAGUAUGCUAUGAGAAACACUGAAUUCCAAUCUAAAAAAUCUUCUCUAACUUUUGAAAUGUACUUUGUACUUUUAUAAUCGAUCAUAAAAUCUAAGUUUCAAAAGCUCGUACCUUUAAAUUAAUAAAUAAAACCAUGAAAAAUUAUAUUAUCCUUGCCAAACAAGCGCAAAGCUCUUCAAAUUUUUAAAAGUUAGCCAAAGGUUCAACAAAAACAAACAACAUAUUAAUUUUAGAACACUUUGAAGAUUCUAUACUUUAAAUUUAAAUAUCAUUCAAGCCUUUUCAAUACCAGAAAAUUCAAAUUUCUAAAAAAAAAUUCCCAGAAAAUAUAAAAAAGCCGAAAAAUUAUUAAUUUUGUAGCGAACUGCGCCCUUCUCUGCUGCUGCCAUUGCAAUGCAGUCUUUUUUUUCGUCUGCAAAUUAUGCAAAAUAAAAAGUAACAGUUAAUUGAACUUUUAUAAGUGCACAGGCUUCCAUUUAAAAAUUAUAAUUCACCGUGGCGAAUGCUAUAAUAUUCAAUUAAAAUAAUAUUGUUUUAUGCGUUUGAAAUGGCUCAAACUUGUAUAUAAACCUGCAAAUGGAGCUUAAAAUAGUAUAAUUGACAACAUGAAGGUUCUGGUGCUAAUUUUUUGAGUUGCAAGAUGUUUUGGUAGGAGUAGAAAUGGGGUAUGUGUUCAACGUAUUAGUUUUAUGUUCAUUACUGUAGCUGUAGCAGAUAUGUUUUAAUACUGAUAAGUAUCAUGAAUUUCUUUAAACUAUUUGUUAACAUACAUAUUUUUUAAAUAUUCAAGCCUCCGGUGGUACAUGGCAUCCCCGAGAGCUCAAAUGUCCAGUACGAUAACAACAACAACCCCAUCGUCUACAGUCGUAACCCAAACAGCAACAACGUCAACAACCCCGUCGUGUACAGUUCUAAUCCCAACAACAACAAUAAUGUCAACAACCCAAUCGUCUACAGCAAUAACCCCAACACUAACAAUGACAACCCAGUUGUCUAUAACCACAACCCCAACAACAACGUCAACAACCCUAUCGUGUAUAGCACUAACCCUAACGCCAAUGUCAACAAACCCAUCGUGUACAGUUCGAACCCAAACAACAACAACAAUGGCAACAGUCGUACCACCAGCAGUCUUAACAGCAAUGACGUUCAGUUACUGGCUGCUCUUGCCUUUGGCGAUUUGGGAACUCUUCAGAAGCGAAUUUGUUCUACCAUAUCAUCGACUACUUGAACAUAACUGGAGAAACAUACAUCAGUAAUAUCGUUGACGUCACACAAAGACAUCAGAGGGCACCUUCACUUCAGGAUAUCGUCAAGAGAUUCAACGAUGUCUUCUACAAGACGCUACAGUUCGUUCCAAAGAUGGUAGGUUGUUUACUUUGAUUCAGAAUCCUUAUUCUCCAUUUUCCACAUACUUUUUGACCACGAUAUUAUUGUAGAACGACAGAAAGAAGAAGAUUAACGCUUUCGGAGGUUUGGUCGAGCUAGCCCGUGUAGCUGACACAGUAUACUACGACGUGUACGAUCGUAAGUUCCAAGACAUGAUCGACCGAUUGUUUCAAAUCAGAAGCGCCGUUCGCAGUGUAGCCUCGUGCAAAGAAGUUGACUACCUAGAUGAUUACGCUCUCAAACUACUUCAGAUCAGAACUGAAGUACGAAGUUCGACAGGCACUGCCAACUCCAUGGUAUCUUAA